AUGUUCGUGCAAGCGCCGCAAGUCAUUAAGCAGAGAUCGGACGGGAAUUCCGAUGAUGCUAGCGACGAGGAAGGUCCCGAGGAUAUUCUCCAGAAACGGCGGGAGGAAUGCGAGAGGAAGGCGAGGCGAGGGGAGAUGGACCCUCGCUUGGAGUUCGCUUUCCAACUCUUGAUGGAUGCAACACAGUUGUCCCGGCACGAGGUGAUGGACCAUGUCUUUGAGGGCGACAUGUUGGACGAAAUUAACCUGCUGUUUGUCCCGCACAUGAGAUCCACCCUCGUCUGGUACUAUCAGGAAGUGGAGGAGCCAGAGCCUCCGACCGACACGGUACAACCGAAAACUGUGACCUCCAGGUCAGCCCCGAAUGCGACGGCAGCGAAAGUCAAGGAACAGAAGGAGCCGAAGGAACCGUCGAAGAAGAAGCUCUUCCUGACUGAUGGCUGGCAAGUGCCUUGCACGGGCAUCUGCAUAUAUAUGUUCAGAAUCAACGUGUCGAAGCCACUGCCCGAAGAAGGCUUCCAGAAGGACCUCUACACAGGUGUGAUAGAUACGAUGAAAGUAGGCGUGAUAACGUCCAUCCAGCGAGUCGUGGAACAAGUGUUCAUGGACGCGUUAGCGCACCCCGGCGCCGAAGGUGAGGACGAUUGCACGAUGAUCAAGACUCUCUUGCUGCCAGGCUUGCGAUCCUUUUGCAGCGCUCUCAAAGUUUGCGAAAAGGUAGCGCUCGAGAGCAGCAUAUUCAGCGACGGCGAGCCAAUGAUGACGGAAGUGCACAACUUCGAGGAAGCGAAGAUCUUCGUGGCGAAGGACAACGCCGUGGAGCAGAUCGAGGAGAGGGUGAGGGUCUGGAUAAAGAGACUCAAGGACUUCAUGGCGGAGAGCAAGCAGGAUCAUGAGGUCACGAUGUCUCUCCUGUGCCUGCAAGUUGCACGCUCAAAGCUGAUCAAAGACUGGGUCGACGCGGAGGACGAGGUAACCUAUUGUUUCAACGAAGCAAAGGACAAUGCCAAGUUCAUUCAGGCGCUGGAGAAGUGCUGUCAUUGCCUCUACCUCGACGAUCCAACUGUUCGGCUCAUAUACAGCGUCUCGAGAUACUACAACACUUCGGAGAGGACUAGUUCCUUGAUGAUUAAGAUCACGAAUCAAAUGAUCGCUGCUUGUCGAGAUUACGUCACAAAGAGAGGCCGUGAAACAGUUUGGGGCCAAGAUCGAGUUGCCGCACGAUCGCGAUUGAAACAUUGCCUACGUUUAAACAAAGCCUACAGGGAGACGUACAGGCUGGUUCGUUGCUCGCCGGCGGUGACGGAACAAGAAUUCUCUUUCUCAGAGACGCACGUUUUCGGCCGAUUUGACGCCUCCUGCGCUAGAAUUCGCAAGAUUCUCACUAUGUUUGACCUCAUACAGGACUACCAAACACUCUUCGAAAGACGAAUGGAGGGACUGCUUCUCGGAGAAGCAUUGGACGAGGCAAUGAAAACCUUUGAAGAAGCUAAGAAGAUUGCGACUAGCAAAUCCUACGAUUACCUGGACCCGAGAAACACCGACUUCGACACGGACUACGAUGACUUCAUGACGAAAACCGACACGUUGAAAGAGAGCAUCGGCGAGAUCAUCGAGAAGAAUUACGCCGAUGUGUGGGAAACACCACAGGGAAUACGGUUUUUGACGCGAUUUGAAAAGGUCAGUGAGAAAAUACCGCUCGCGAAAUUGGAGGAAAAGUACAACGUCGUCGUGAGGUAUUGCGACAGAGAGAUAGACCGGGUUUUGAAACUGUUCAGACGGCAGAGAGACGACCCACCGUUACCAAGACACAUGCCGCCCAUAGCAGGACGACUGACUUGGGCAAAUUCCUUGAAAGUGCAUCUGGACGAGUUGACGACGUCCGUGUCGAAUCAUCCUGUUUUGAAGACCUUACCACUGACCGGCGAUUUAAUCAAGAGAUAUAAUCACGUCAUCGGGAUUCUUAAGCAAUAUCAGACCGACAUUGCCGAGAUCUGGACGCACCAGAAUUCUUGGAUCAUCGAGGAUUCUUUGAAACGACCGCUGCUGAUAGUCGAUGAGAAAUCGGCGAAGGUGAAGGUGAAUCUGGAAAGUCGAGUCGUUCUCUUGUUCCGCGAGGCCGAUUGCCUGGCAAAGAUCAACCUGGAAAUCCCAAUUGUCGCACUGACGAUAUUAGCGAAGAAAGAUCACUUUACGCUGAUUACGGACUCACUUCAGCUUAUGAUCGAGGAAUUUAUCUCUACCGCCAAGCGCGUGAAGUUGGAGGUUCGGCCUCUUUUAUUACCGCAUUUGGUUUGCGUUGCGUCUCUCUUGGAACCCGGCUUAACAUUCUUAACGUGGACUAAGCCGGAUUGGAAAGAUUUUUGUCAAAACACAAAGGAGCAGAUCAAGACCUUCGAUAUCCUCAUUACAAGAGUGCACGAUGUGUACGACAAUAGGAUCCUGCAAGUGUUGGCGAGUAUGCAGAAAGUGACCUUGCACACUUUGCCCGAAUCCGAGCAGCCGUGGACGAUCGAGGAGUUCGCGGAGAAGAACGAGGAGAUAUGUAGAUCGGCUGCGGUGGAUUUGCAUCGCAAGAGCAUGAUGGUCGAGGAGGCGGUGGAGGAGGUGUUGCAACUUGUUAGAAAGGCCAUAGACAGUUUCAAAAGCACUGCCAAUUCUCAGCAAUUUGACUUUCCCACCGGUGAAGGAGCGGAAGACGGAGAGGCGGCAGAACAAACCGUCCAGCAGGAUUGGUCCGUGGUGUGGAACUGCUUCGAUGACCCCCAUCAAUUACUAACUACACCGGGCGCUUUACCCAAAGGCAUGCAGGAAAUGGUUCGGAACGCGGUAUCCGAGAUGAGACGAUAUUAUUCCAGGAAGGUUGUGGACGUAUUAAUAAAAGUCACCAGGGUAUCUUUGGACGCAAUCAGGAAACGGUUUAUACGGGAACUCGAUUCGGAAGCGUCGCCAAACCCGAUAUUUCUAUUACACGCGACGCUGAUGAUUCCGGCAGUGACGGUCAAGCCGAGCCUGGACGAUGUUCAGGAAGCAUUGACGACGGUCGGAAAGUUUAUCACGGGCGUCGCGAAGGGAGUGUCACAAUGGAGUGUCAAAGAUAGCAAGAACAUGUGGAAGAAUCUGCCAUAUGCGUCCAAAAGAAACCUGGCUGAUGUCGUGCUGCGAGCGCAAAAUAACUCCUCGAAACAGAAGCAGCAAGAACUGGAAGAUUUGAAGACCAGAAGACGCAGGCUUUAUAAGAUUUUUUCCGAGGAGAGACCCGUGUUUCCAGUUCAAAGAACAAAUUUCCACACGAUGGUGAUGGACAACAAGGAGAUCAUUAAAUUGCUCGGCAAUUUGAGCACUUGCACAAUGGAAUUACGACAGGAUCUGACAGAAUUUCUCGAUCGCUGGAAGCCGUACAAGUUUCUUUGGAAGAAUGAGCGCAGCAUGCGAGAACUGUUGCAGAUCUCCCUGUCGGAAUUCGAAGCUACUCUUCGGAAGCACAGCGAGCUCGAAGAUCGACUGGCCACCGAACCGGAUAUGAUCAUAUUCGGCACAUCGAUCGCCGUGUCAACGGAGAAGCUGAAGUACGGUCUCUAUACGGAGAUCAAAGGUUGCACGCACAAGAUCGGACAGGCGAUGAAGAAGAAGUAUCGCCGCGAAAUGGAAUACGUUUACGCGCUGAUGAGCGAGAUGGACCGCAAACUGGACCACCAGAUCCGCGACCUGGACGACGUGCGCCUCAUCAUGGAUACUCUGAAGAAGAUCCGCGAGCAGGAGGUCGACAUGGAGCUGAAGAUCGAUCCUAUAGAAGAGGCCUUCAACAUAGUCACCAGGUACGAGGUGCCCGUGGAUCAGGAAUGUUUGGAACAAGUGGACAACCUGAGAGACACCUGGCAGAAUUUGCUGACGCGGGCGCAAGAGAGCCACGUGCUGCUAUUGACGCUGCAGCCGCAGUUCCAGGACGAUCUGCGGAACAACCUCGAAAAGUUCCGCGCAGAUAACGAGAUGUACUGCGAGGAAUACAGAUCGUCCGGACCGAUGCAGCCGGGCUUGAGUCCGCGAGAUGCCUCCGACAGGCAGAUACUCUUCCAAAACAGGUUUGACGGUAUGUGGCGAAAGUUGCAGACGUACCAGAACGGCGAGGAACUCUUCGGCCUGCCCAUCACGGACUAUCCAGAACUCUCGCAGAUCCGCAAGGAGUUGAAUCUGCUACAGAAAUUGUACAAACUGUACAACGAUGUCAUCGACAGAGUCAGCAGCUAUUAUGACAUUCCAUGGGGCGAGGUCAAUAUCGAGGAGAUCAACAACGAGCUGAUGGAAUUCCAAAACCGUUGUCGCAAGCUGCCGAAAGGGCUGAAGGAGUGGCCGGCGUUCUUCGCGCUCAAGAAGACGAUCGACGACUUCAACGACAUGUGCCCCCUCCUCGAGCUGAUGGCGAACAAGGCCAUGAAGCCACGCCAUUGGCAGAGGAUCGUGGAGGUGACAGGGUACACGUUCGAUCUCGAGAGCGAAGGCUUCUGUCUGAAAAACAUUCUCGAGGCGCCGUUACUGAAGAACAAGGAGGACAUCGAGGACAUCUGCAUAUCGGCGAUGAAGGAGAAGGACAUCGAGGCCAAACUCAGGACGGUCGUGAACGAAUGGUCUUCUCACGAGCUGACGUUCAUGACGUUCAACAACCGUGGGGAAUUGUUGCUGAGAGGAGACACCACCGCGGAGACGAUCGGUCAAUUGGAGGACAGUCUGAUGGUGCUCGGCUCGCUGAUGUCGAAUCGCUACAACGCGCCCUUCAGAAAGCAGAUACAGCAAUGGCUCUCGGACCUGUCGAAUACGAACGAAAUACUCGAGAGGUGGCUGCUCGUGCAGAACAUGUGGGUCUACCUCGAGGCGGUAUUCGUGGGCGGCGACAUCGCGAAGCAAUUGCCGAAGGAGGCCAAGAGGUUCAGCAAGAUCGACAAAAGCUGGCAGAAGAUUAUGCAGCGUGCUCACGAGACGCCCGGCGUUGUACCUUGUUGUGUAGGUGAUGACCUGCUGAAGCAACUCUUGCCGCACUUGCAAGAGCAACUGGAGUUGUGUCAGAAGUCCUUGAGUGGCUAUUUAGAGAAAAAACGCAUGAUGUUUCCGAGGUUUUUCUUCGUCUCCGACCCUGCACUCUUGGAGAUACUCGGCCAAGCGUCCGAUUCUCAUACCAUACAAAAUCAUCUACUUUCUAUCUUCGAUAAUACACGCUACGUCAAAUUCCAUGAUAUCGAGUAUAAUAAAAUGACAGCCAUUGUGUCAUCGGAAGGCGAGACGAUAUUGCUUGAGAGAGCAGUGAGGGCGGAAGGCUCCGUAGAGACAUGGUUGAUGCAGUUGCUGCAGACGUCGCAACUCUCCCUGCAUUCUAUCAUCCGACAAUGCUUCAGUAUGAUCAACGAUGCGAAUUUCAAUUUUCUGGCGUUUCUCGACAAGAUGCCCGCUCAAAUAGGACUGCUGGGUAUCCAGAUGAUUUGGACGCGCGACGGCGAACUGGCCUUGGCUCAAGCUCGCGCAGACAAGAAGAUCAUGAUGGAAACGAACAACAAGUUCCUCGAUCUUUUGAACACCUUGAUCGAUCAGACCACGAGAGAUCUCACGAAGAUGGAACGAACGAAGUUCGAGACCUUGAUCACCAUACAUGUGCAUCAACGUGACAUCUUCGACAUUUUGUGCCGCUUGAACGUGCGAUCCGUGAACGACUUUGAGUGGCUGAAGCAAUGCAGAUUUUAUUUCAAGGAGGACCUGGACAAGACCUCCAUAUGUAUCACGGAUGUUCAAUUCACUUACCAGAAUGAAUACUUGGGAUGUACCGAUCGGCUGGUUAUUACGCCAUUAACAGACAGGUGUUACAUAACUCUGGCGCAGGCUCUAUCGAUGUCGAUGGGAGGAUCUCCUUGCGGUCCGGCAGGAACUGGGAAAACUGAGACCGUGAAGGAUAUGGGGAAGACCCUCGCAAAGUACGUGGUGGUCUUCAAUUGCUCUGAUCAGAUGGAUUAUCGAGGAUUGGGUCGUAUCUACAAAGGGCUGGCGCAGAGUGGCUCAUGGGGUUGUUUCGACGAAUUCAACAGGAUCGAAUUGCCAGUUCUGUCGGUUGCCGCGCAACAGGUCGCCGUGGUGCUCGCCGCGAAGAAGGAGAAGAAGAAGCAGUUCGUCUUCACGGACGGUGAUCAGAUCGAUAUGUGCCCGGAGCUUGGAAUAUUCAUCACUAUGAAUCCGGGAUACGCCGGGCGAAAGGAACUGCCGGAAAACUUAAAGAUACAGUUUCGCACGGUGGCCAUGAUGGUGCCUGACCGGCAGAUUAUCAUUCGGGUGAAACUCGCCAGCUGCGGAUUUCUGGAGAACAUCACCCUCGCUCGGAAAUUCUACACUCUCUACAAGUUGUGCGAAGAGCAAUUGACCAAACAGGUUCACUACGAUUUCGGUCUGCGAAACAUAUUGUCUGUAUUACGGACAUUAGGAGCGGCCAAAAGAAUCAACUCCAAGGAUUCGGAGAGCACGAUCGUUAUGCGCGUUCUACGGGACAUGAAUCUCUCGAAACUUAUAGCCGACCUCUUCCCUAAUCAAGUCCUGGAGAAAACGUCCUACCCGGAAUUAGAGGCAGCCAUUGACGAACAAGUUCAGCAAGCUGGGCUGGUUUACCAUGCGCCGUGGGUGUUGAAGUUAAUACAGCUUUAUGAGACGCAACGCGUGAGGCACGGCAUUAUGACAUUAGGUCCGACAGGUGCAGGCAAGACGACCUGUAUUCACACCUUGAUGAAAGCAUUAACGCAAUGUAGCGAGUCGCAUAAGGAAAUGAGAAUGAAUCCUAAGAGUAUAACAGCAGCCCAAAUGUUCGGCCGAUUGGACGUAGCCACCAACGACUGGACGGAUGGAAUUUUUUCAGCUCUGUGGCGCAAAACGCUGAAAUUAAAGAAAGGCGAGCACGUGUGGCUGGUGCUCGAUGGUCCCGUCGACAGUAUCUGGAUAGAAAAUUUAAAUUCCGUAUUGGACGACAACAAGACGUUGACUCUGGCCAACGGUGACAGAUUGUCGAUGGCGCCGACGUGCAAGAUUAUCUUCGAGCCGCACAAUAUCGAUAAUGCAAGUCCCGCGACUGUUUCGCGAAACGGCAUGGUAUAUAUGAGCUCUUCGGGAUUGGACUGGGAGCCGGUUGUCACUGCAUGGCUGAAGGCACGAUCGACGCUGGAACAAGAAGUACUCGAACAGUUGUUCGCGGAUUCUUUCGCCCAGGUUUAUUUGUGGAGCACUCAGACGCUGAUACUCGCCAUCGACGUUUUACAAUGUAACAUAGUGAGGCAGAUGCUUUGCCUGCUGGAAGGCCUGAUACCAGUCGAGGCGACGUCAGAGGAGGCUGAGGACGAGAACACGGAAAAGGACAAGCCGCAACCGGUAACGGCGGAAUACCUGAAGCACCUCUACGUGUUCGCGUUAGUGUGGAGCGUAGGAGCGUUGUUGGAAACCGCCGAUAGGCUGAAGUACGACAGGUAUCUCCGCGAGAACUUCGACACCUUGGAUCUGCCAACUUCCGAUAGAUACUUGGACGCCACGGUGUUCGACUUCUUCGUCACGGACAAAGGCCUAUGGGACACUUGGACGAGCAUGGUGACCAAUUACGUGUAUCCCGAAUAUUCAACGCCCGACUACAGCAACGUUCUGGUUCCCAUACCGGAUAACGUGAGGAUCCAAUACCUGAUAGACUUGAUUGGCCGUCAAGACAAGGCUGUGCUGUUGAUAGGGGAGCAGGGAUCCGCCAAGACCGUCAUGAUGAAGUCAUACAUGAGGAAAGCGAAUCCGGACACGACUCUGGGUCGUUCGUUCAAUUUCAGUUCGGCCACUAGCCCGUACCAAUUCCAAAAGACCAUCGAGAGCUACGUGGAGAAGCGUAUGGGGAAUACGUUCGGGCCGCCGGGCGGCAAGAAGAUGCUGGUCUUCAUAGACGACGUGAAUCUGCCGCAGAUCAACGAAUGGGGCGAUCAGAUUACCAACGAGAUCGUCCGGCAAACGAUGGACAUGAAGGGGUUCUACUCGUUGGAGAAGCCUGGCGACUUCAUCGUCAUCGUCGACGUGACUUUCCUGGCGGCCAUGUGUCAGCCCGGCGGCGGGAGGAACGACAUCCCCUCGAGACUCAAGAGGCAAUUUUGCAUCUUCAAUUGCACACUGCCCGACAAUGCGUCGAUCGACCGGAUCUUCAGCGUCCUGGGAGAGGGGCAUUAUAACGUGAAGAGAGGAUUCUCGCAAGAAGUGCGUCUGCUUGUGAAGAAGAUGGUUCCUUUGACCCGGAUGCUCUGGGACAAAACACGGUCAAAGCUACUGCCAACGCCUGCCAAGUUCCAUUAUGUCUUCAGUCUGCGAGAUCUUUCGAGGAUCUGGCAAGGUAUGGUCGGCACGUUGUCAACGGUCAUCGACAAGGAGAGCGUGCUGAUGCUGCUCUGGAAGCACGAAUGCACACGGGUGUUCAGCGACCGGUUCACCAUACAAAGCGACAAGGACUGGUUCGGUAAAGAAGUAGUUCACGUCGUGGGCGAUAUUCUUGGGGAAAAAUACGUGGGCAUGCUGGAUCAAGAUCCCGCGUUCGUCGAUUUCAUGAGGGAUGCCCCGGAACCGACCGGUGAAGAAGGUGAGGAUGCGGACGUGGAGCUUCCCAAAGUGUACGAGCCGGUUUACGAUGAUCAGAUAUUGCGAGACCGACUGGACAUGUUUCUCGCGCAGUUCAAUGAGAUGCAGAGGGGCGCCGGAAUGGACCUAGUCUUCUUCCCGGACGCAAUGCUACACUUGGUGAAGAUAUCCCGAGUCAUUCGGCAUCCGAAGGGCAACGUGAUGCUGGUGGGCGUCGGCGGUUCCGGCAAGCAAAGCCUCACGAAGCUCUCCUCUUUUAUCGCCGGAUACAAGACAUUUCAAAUCACCCUGACUAGAUCAUACAACGUGGCUAAUUUCUUGGAGGACCUUAGAUUCCUUUAUCGCACCUGCGGUGCACAGGGCAAAGGCACAACUUUCAUCUUCACCGACCUUGACAUCAAAGAGGAGGGCUUUCUCGAAUACUUGAACAAUAUCCUGAGCUCGGGGGUGAUCAGUAACUUAUUCACGCGCGACGAGCAAGCGGAAAUCAUCUCGGAGUUGACGCCAAUUUUAAGACGAGAGAAUCCCAAGAGGACUCUCAGUAACGAGCAGGUGAUGGACUUCUUCCUGCAGAGGACCUGCCAAAAUCUGCACGUCGUCUUCUGUUUCUCGCCCGUGGGCGAGAAGUUCCGGAAUCGCGCGCAACGAUUCCCAGCGCUCAUCUCAGGCUGCACUAUAGACUGGUUUCAACCCUGGCCCAAGGACGCUCUAAUCUUGGUCGCCAAGCAUUUCCUUCACGACUUUGAGAUCGCCUGCACCGACGAGGUGAAGGUUGAGCUGGUGAACGCGUUGGGUUCCAUACAGGAUAUCGUCUCGGUGACCUCGACCGAGUACUUCCAACGAUUUCGACGUGCCACUCACGUGACUCCGAAGUCCUACUUGAAUUUCAUCGGCGGUUACAAGAAUAUUUAUCGGUCCAAGCAGCACGAACUCGGCGAGGGUGCGAAAAGAAUGGACACAGGUCUAGCGAAGCUCGAGGAAGCGUCGAUAUCGGUCGAGAUCUUGAAGAGAGAUUUAGCUGUGAUGGAACAAGAGCUGGUCCAAGCCUCCGAGAAGGCUGAGAAGGUGCUUCUGGAGGUGACCGAGAGAGCCAUGCAGGCGGAGGCUUUCAAGAAUCAAGUGCAGAGAGUAAAGGAGAAAGCGGAGCAACUGGUAGCCUGCAUAGCCGAUGAGAAAGCGUUGGCCGAGCAGAAGUUAGAAGCUGCGAAGCCGGCAUUAGAAGAAGCAGAGGCCGCUUUAAACACCAUCAAGCCCGCUCAUAUAGCGACAGUGAGGAAGCUGGGUAGACCACCGCACCUUAUCAUGAGGAUCAUGGACUGCGUGCUGAUCUUGUUUCAACGUAAGAUUGGCUCGGUCGUACCUGACACCGCCGCGCCGUGUCCGAGGCCCUCAUGGGCGGAGUCCCUGAAGUUGAUGGCCAGCACGACGUUCCUCUUGCAAUUGCAGAACUAUCCGAAGGACAUAAUCAACAACGAGAUGGUCGAGCUGCUGCAGCCCUACUUCAAGAUGGAGGACUAUAAUAUGGAGACGGCUAGGCGAGUGUGCGGCGACGUGGCCGGACUGCUAUCGUGGACCAAGGCGAUGGCGUUCUUCCAUAGCGUCAACAAGGAAGUGCUGCCGUUGAAGGCGAAUCUGGCGCUGCAGGAGGCACGGCUGAAGCUCGCGAUGGAGGACCUGGCGAACGCUGAGAGAGAGUUAUCCGAGAGGGAGAUGGCUCUGCAGGCGGUCAAAGAGCAAUAUGACAGCGCGGUGGCGGAGAAGCAACGACUAACGGAGGCAGCGAACGUGUGCCUGAGGAAGAUGACGGCCGCGACUGCCUUGAUCAACGGUUUAGGCGGCGAGAAGAUCCGCUGGACCGAACAAAGCGGCGAGUUCAAGAUUCAGCUAGGACGAUUGGUUGGAGACGUUCUGCUGGCGACCGGAUUCUUGUCGUACUGCGGACCUUACAAUCAGCAAUAUCGAGCCAGCCUGGUGAAUGCGUGGAUGAAUACACUGACCACCAAGUCUAUACCGUUUACCAAGAAUCUGAAUAUAACGAACAUGCUGGUCGACAGCGCGACCAUGUCGGAGUGGACUCUUCAGGGGCUGCCGAACGAUGAAUUGUCCGUGCAGAACGCGCUCAUUGUCACCAAGUCCUCGUCUUAUCCGCUCCUUGUGGAUCCUCAGAAUCAGGGAAAAAUGUGGAUCAAGAAUAAGGAAAGCACGAACGAGCUGCAAAUCACCUCGUUGAAUCACAAGUACUUUCGCACCCACCUCGAGGACAGUCUCUCGUUGGGCAGGCCGCUGCUGAUCGAAGACGUGGCGGAGGAGCUCGACCCGGUGCUCGACAACGUGCUCGAGAAGAACUUCAUCAAGUCGGGUUCCAUCGAGAAGGUAAUCGUCGGCGACAAGGAGUGCGACGUAAUGCCGGGAUUCAUGCUGUACAUCACCACCAAGCUGCCGAAUCCCGCGUACAGUCCGGAGGUCUCCGCGAAGACGUCGAUCAUCGACUUCACGGUGACGAUGCUGGGUUUGGAGGAUCAGCUGUUAGGUCGAGUGAUACUUAUGGAGAAAGCCGACUUGGAAGCGGAAAGGGUCGCCCUGUUCGAAUCGGUCAUGACCAACCAGCGCUCGAUGAAAGAGCUCGAGAGUACGCUGCUGCACAGACUCACGUCUUCGGAAGGCUCCCUGGUGGACGACGAGGCGCUGAUAACCGUCCUCCGAGAAACUAAGACCACAGCCGAGUCAGUGAACGAGAAGCUGCAGGUGUCCGCCCUCACCGAGAAGAAGAUCACGUUGGCCCGCGAGGAGUUCCGCGCAGUCGCGUCGAGAGGGUCCAUUCUGUACUUCCUGAUAGUCGAGAUGAGCAACGUCAACGUGAUGUACCAGAACUCAUUGCGGCAAUUCCUAACGAUCUUCGACAACUCGAUCACCAAGUCUACAAAGAGUCCCAUCACCCAUGAGCGAAUCAACACAAUCCUGCGUCACCUCACCUACGAGGUCUGGGCGUUCACCCUCAGGAGCCUCUACGAGCGACACAAAUCUCUGUUCACGCUGAUGCUAGCUAUGAAGAUAGACUGUCACAAAGGCAUCAUCUCCCACGCGGAAUUCAACGCCUUCAUUAAAGGAGGCGCGUCUUUGGAUCUCAACGCGGUAACGCCGAAGCCGUUCAAAUGGAUACUCGAUAUAACGUGGCUGAACUUGGUCGAGAUCAGCCGGCUCGAGGUGUUCGCCGACAUCCUCACCAAAAUCGAAUUCAGCGAGAGGGAAUGGAGGAUGUGGUACGAGAAAGAGAAGCCGGAGGAGGAGGAGCUGCCGUGCGGCUAUCAGAAGAGCCUCGACGUGUUCCGGAAGUUGCUGCUCAUCAGAUCAUGGAGCCCCGACCGAACUUUAUCGCAGGCGAGGAGGUAUAUCACCGAGUCGUUGGGCAGAGAGUACGGAGAGGCGAAAAUAUUGGACCUAGAGGCGACAUGGCUCGAGUCCGAGACCAGAACGCCACUGGUGUGUCUCUUGUCUAUUGGAUCCGACCCGAGUCCGCAAAUUACAGCGUUGGCUAAGCAGAAGACGAUCCCGUUAAACUCGGUAUCCAUGGGACAGGGCCAAGAGUUUCACGCCCGCAGGAUGAUCAGCGAGGCCAUGAACACGGGCGGCUGGGUUCUCCUGCAAAAUAUCCAUCUAUCGUUGCCGUUUUGCACCGAGGUGAUGGAUGCUCUCGUCGAAACGGAGACGGUGCACGAGGCGUUCAGACUUUGGAUGACGACCGAAGUACACCUUCAGUUCCCCAUCGGCUUGCUACAGAUGGCGAUCAAGUUCACGAACGAGCCACCUCAAGGCAUAAGGGCUAGCUUGAAGAGGACUUAUCAAGGGGUGACACAAGACACGUUGGAUUACAGCACGCAAUCGCAAUGGCCACCCCUGUUGUACGCUGUCGCGUUUUUGCACACCGUGGUGCAAGAGAGGAGAAAAUUCGGACCGCUUGGCUGGAACAUACCCUACGAGUUCAAUCAGGCGGAUUUUGCGGCGUCCGUUCAAUUCAUACAGAACCAUUUGGACGAUAUGGAUCCUAAGAAGGGCGUCUCCUGGCCGACCGUCUGCUACAUGCUCGGAGAGGUUCAAUACGGCGGUAGAGUCACCGAUGACUUCGACAAACGUUUGCUGACGACUUUCACACACGUCUGGUUCUGCGACGUGCUGUUACGACCAGGCUUCGAGUUCUACCGAGGAUACAGGGUACCUCAGACGAGAAACCUUCAGGGAUACUUAGACUACAUCGACAGUUUACCAGCCACCGACACGCCGGAAGUAUUCGGGUUGCAUCCAAACGCUGAUAUCACUUACCAGAUCAACACAGCGAAAGGGAUCCUCGACACGAUUCUCAGCGUACAGCCGAAAGAAGGUGGUGUACAGGGCGGUGAGACCAGAGAGAACGUCGUGUAUAAAUUAGCUGAUGACAUGUUGUCCAAAUUACCCAAGCAGUACAACUCAUUCGAGGUGAAGGAAGCUCUUCAAAGGAUGGGGCCGUUGAUGCCAAUGAAUAUAUUUCUGAGGCAAGAAAUAGACCGGAUUUCGAGAGUCAUCAAAGAGGUGCGCAGCACUUUGACGGAUUUGAAACUGGCUAUCGAGGGUACCAUCGUGAUGAGUCAGGGUCUGCGAAAAUCGCUGGACGCGAUGUACGAUGCGCGUAUCCCGGAGAGGUGGUUGAAGAUAUCCUGGGAGUCAGCGACUUUGGGCUUUUGGUACACGGAACUUCUGGAAAGAGACUAUCAGUUCAGACAGUGGUGCAACCACGGCCGUCCGAAGGUUUUCUGGAUGACCGGGUUUUUUAAUCCGCAAGGAUUCUUAACGGCAAUGAGGCAGGAAGUGACCAGAGCGCACAAGGGAUGGGCUUUGGAUUCUGUCGUCCUGCAAAACGUGAUAACGCGUUACAACAAGGAGGAUAUUAAAAAUCAACCGCAGGAGGGAGUUUACGUCCACGGUUUGUUUCUCGAGGGUGCGUCGCUCGACCGAAAAGCCGGCAAACUCGUCGAGAGUAGGCCGAAAGUCCUCUACGAACAAAUGCCAGUCAUUUACAUUUUCGCGAUAAAUACUACAGCCGGCAAAGAUCCGAAAUUAUAUGAGUGUCCUAUAUACAGGAAACCUCAGAGAACGGAUGCAAAAUACGUGGGUUCUAUCGAUUUCGAGACGGAUCACAAUCCUCGGCAUUGGACACUUCGAGGUGUAGCCCUGCUAUGUGAUAUUAAAUAAGAUAGAUGAAUAGACACAGGGAGAUCAAUUUAUUAAAUAUUUCUCCUUUGAUUCCUCUCAGGGCGCAACGGAAUGACAAAUAAGAAAAGGAAAUGUAUAUAAUAUAAGUACAUUCAAGAAUAUGUAGCUAACCAUAUAUACUACAGCCAGAUACUUAGAUGUGCGCGCGCGCGUGUGUGUGUGUGUGUGUGUGUGCAUAGAGAGAGAGAGAGAACAGCGACUACAUUAAUUAAGUUUUGUGAACAAAGAUUUUUCGAAAUAAUCAUGAAAUUUUGCUUCAAAAAUAUGAAAUAUCUCAAUAACUAACUUGACAAUUAAAUAUA